AUACAGUAGGUGGGCACACGUGUUGCGCCACUAGUAUAUAAAGGGGUGCGCUCUGUCCUGAUCAAUGAAGUCUGGCAAACAAUCAGCACGCGAGAUGUUUCUCUUCACAGUAUUGCUUCUGCCGGUUCUGUCGGUCUCCGGCUCUGAUCGCGUGUAUCAGCGCGUGGAUCCGGUGACCGGACAGACGCUCCUGUGUGAUCUGUGUCCGCCGGGGUUCCGCCUGAGCGCGCACUGCACGCGCUCCCGUCAGACAGAGUGUGUCCCGUGCGGCGCGGAUCUGUACACGGAGUUCUGGAACUUCAUCCCGAACUGUCUGCUGUGCGACGCGUGUACCGAUAAUCAGCGGCUCGUUCGGGCGUGUAACGGGACCGUUAAUGCCUUGUGUGAAUGUGAGGUCGGGUUUUAUUGGAAUCAAUACUUCUGCAAGAGACACACCGUGUGUAAACCGGGACACGGAGUCAAAUCAUCAGGUACACAACACACAGACACGGUGUGUGAACUCUGCUCAGACGGACAGUUUGCUGACAUCACGCAGGCACAUGCAGCAUGCGUCACUCACAGCACCUGCGGGUCAGAUGAACACCUGGUGCUGCCGGGAUCAACAUGGCAUGAUAAUGUGUGUGCCACAUGUGACCAGAUCACAGAGAAAGGUUGGGUGGAUUUAUUCCGUCCGAUUCUCUCAGGUCUAUUCGUACAUCAGAAAAUUCCUGUGCAACGUCUGCAACGGAUUCUGAAUCGCCUCUUGCGUAAGCAAGGACAGAGACUGCACCAAGGAGUGACGAUGCAGAGAGCAAAGAGUCCGAUGGAGAAAAUCCAUCAAUGGAUCAGUCGAGUAUCAGAGGAGGAACUGCAAAACCUUCUGAAGAUACUGAAGGAAUCACAUCUGGAGCACUUUGCAGAUAAAAUAACACACAAAAUCAGAAUAUUCCACAAGUCUCAGCUUCAGUGCAACUACGGCACAAUUAGGGAUGCAAUUAUUUUAAUUGAUCACUGAUCAUAAUUUAUUCAUUAUUAAUGUUAACCCACAAGCCUUAACUUAGCAACUUAACUUAGAAAUGCUGAUCUGAAGUGUUUACUGUAUGGUCUUAGUUGUUGAGGCUUGCAGAUAUUUGUUGUUAAUCUUGGGCUACUACUGAACCUGUUCAACUACACACACACACACACACACACAUGAUUUUAGACUGACAUUAGUAUAAUAGUUGUUACAGUGAGAGUUGUUGCAGAAAUAAACAAGGAGAUGUGUGUGACACAUUUACAUUGUAUUUUAGCAAUUUAUUUUAAUGCUUUUGUUUGCGCUCGAUUGUUGAAGAUUUUUUUAAAUAUUAUAAAUUAUUUUAUUGGUUUUACAGUGAAAGAUAUUUUAAAUUCUCAUCAAAUUUCCUGUAAAAUACUGCACCUCAACUGUACAUCUGUAUCACACUAUGCAAUACAGCUCUCCAUUUCAGUGAAAAGAAUUCCUGACAAAUUUAACAAAUAAACAACAACAACAACAAAAAAAUCACUUUAU